AUGAAUUUUGUAACCAAAGAAUUUGCUGAUAAAUUGCAUCUCAAAGAACAAGCGAUAGAUGCUUCCGUUUCCAGUAUAGCUCAAGGAACUAUUCAAGCCAAAAGGAUGAUCAAUCUGGACCGUCACCAGACAACUGCAAAUUCUACAUCUUCAAUUAUUAGCUGCCUUGCUGUCACGGAGGAUUUAAAUCGCACACUCAGCCGAUUUUGGGAAAUUGAUCACACGAUAUCUUCUCCUGAAUGUUCCCCAGAACAACGAAUUUGCGAACAGCUUUUUUUGCAUACUGUGAAACGUAAUAACGAUGGGCGUUUCAUAGUCCAAUUACCGGUAAAGGAGGACAAAUUAAUGAAUCUUGGAGAUUCUGAAGAAAUUGCCACACGUCGCUUUAAACAUUUAGAGAAACGCCUUAUAAAAUCGCCCAAAAUGUAUGAGGAAUACAAGCGAUUCAUGGAUGAAUACAUACAACUUGGCCACAUGCGUGAGGUCACUCAAUGUUCACGAUCAAUCGACAAGAUCUAUUAUCUACCGCAUCAUGCAGUGUACAAGGAAACAAGCACUACAACCAAGCUGCGAGUAGUUUUCGAUGGUUCCGCCAAAACAUUGACCGGGAUUUCAUUGAACGACGCACUUAUGGUCGGCCCUACAAUUCAGGAUGAUCUGUUCUCGAUAUUAACUAGAUUCCGCUCCUUCAAGUACGCCUUGACUGCUGAUGUGAUAAAAAUGUACAGACAGGUACUGAUAGAUCCUGCACAAACUCCUCUCCAACGCAUUUUCUGGCGUGAUUCUCAAGACAAAUCAAUUCGAACUUACGAACUUCUUACCGUUACGUAUGGUACUGCAUCUGCUGCCUUUUUGGCUAUUCGAUCUCUAAGAAAGCUAGCUGAAGACAAUUCCGUUAAAUAUCCAAUCGGCUCCAGGACAGUGCUAAACGACUUCUACGUCGACGACUUGGUUUCUGGAGCAGAAACUUUGCAAGAAGCGCUUGCGAUUAAAACAGAAACGUCUCAAUUACUGUUAGAAAGUCUAUUUGAGUUGCACAAAUGGUUUUCCAACGAUUCGGCUCUACUAGAUAACCAAACCCUGUCACAUCAAAAGGAAUUUGUCUUGUCUACUGAUAAGGAAUCUGAGACACGAGCACUGGGCCUUAUUUGGAAUUGCAGCUCUGAUAAUUUUAAAUUCUCCAACUCCACAUCUUUACCCCUGUUACAAACGCCAACUAAAAGAAGCAUACUCUCAAGAAUCGCUUUAAUAUUUGAUCCUCUUGGAUUGCUUGGGCCUUCUACAGUCAUCGCUAAACUUAUCAUUCAAGAACUUUGGCGUUUAAGACUGGAUUGGGACGAAUCACUACCUCUCGAUAUUGACACGAAAUGGAAGCGCUACGAAUUUGAGCUAUCAACAGUAACAGACAUAUCAAUACCACGUCGAGUCAUCUCAUUAGAUCAGUACAUCAAUUUAGAGCUUCAUGGUUUUUCUGAUGCCAGCGAGCUUGCCUAUGGAGCGUGCAUCUAUUUGCGUGCUACUGGCAUUGAUGGUCAACACUCGCUCACUAAUAAGGUUUUAAAAAGCCUAACAUGCAAAAUUGAAUCUGUUUACCUGUGGACUGAUUCCACCAUUGUACUAGCUUGGCUACAGUCUUUUAGUCGCACUUGGACUCCAUUUGUUGCCAACCGCGUUGGUGAAAUCCAACAAUUAACUACUAUUCAAGACUGGCACCACGUCAGUAGUAAAGACAACCCAGCUGAUCUAUUGUCCAGAGGCAUUUCUCCUGCAUCAUUACCUCAGUCACAACUCUGA